AAACUAAUGACAGUUUGUCACGAGCAUAUCGUGUUUCACCAUCCUUUUUAUCCAUCCCAAACCUAUGUAAAAGAUUGGGAUGAGGAUGAUGGAUCAGCCCAUGAUAUAUAUACACACAAGCUAAUAUCUGGUUUAGUAAAAAAGCAUAGUAUUUAGCACAAAAUAUGGACCAGAAAAAGCUCGAGAUCAAAGGCAAGGUUUGUGUAACAGGGGCCUCAGGGUAUUUAGCCUCUUGGCUGGUCAAGCGCCUCCUUUCGUCCGGCUAUUUCGUCACUGGAACAGUCAGGGACCCAGGUGAUAAGAAAAAAGUGGAGCAUUUGUGGAGGCUUGAUGGGGCAAAAGAGAGGCUGAAAUUAGUAAAGGCUGAUUUAAUGGAAGAGGGAAGCUUUGAUGAAGCAGUUAAUGGUUGUGAAGGUGUAUUUCACACUGCUUCCCCUGUUUCAGGAUCCAAGAAAGAUCCAAAGGCAGAAAUUCUGGAACCUGCAAUAAAGGGAACACUGAAUGUGCUUCAGUCAUGCAAGAAGAACCCAUCACUAAGACGUGUGGUUCUUACCUCAUCUUCUUCAACUGUUAGAAUAAGAGUGGAUAUUGAUCCUGAUGUUCCACUUGAUGAAUCAGUUUGGAGCUCCACUGAAGUUUGUGAACAAUUCCAGGUAUGGUAUGCACUGUCAAAAAUCGAGGCAGAGAAAGCAGCAUGGAACUUCUGCAAGGAGAACAACAUCGAUUUAGUGACUAUCCUUCCUGCUUUUAUAAUUGGACCUAGUCUUCCUCCUAAUCUUUGCUCUACUGCCUCUGAUGUUCUUGGCUUGUUUAAAGGGGAAACAAGCAAGUUUGAGUUUCAUGGAAGGAUGGGAUAUGUUCACAUUGACGACAUAGCUCUGUGCCACAUCUUGGUUUUUGAGCAUAAAGAAGCGCGUGGUCGAUACCUUUGUAGCUCCACUGUUAUGGAGAAUUAUGAAUUAGCGUCAUUUCUAGCAUCCCAAUACCCGUCUUAUCCUAUUCCAAAAGGGUUCACGAAGUUGGAUAGGCCAUAUUACACCUACAACACUUCCAAGAUUGAGAGUUUAGGGUUCAAGUUCAAGCCACUGGAAGAGAUGUUUGAUGACACUGUAAAAUCACUUAUAAUGCAGGGCCAUCUUCAGGAGACCAUUACCACAUAUGUGUGUAUUUGAAAUCAUGGAGCUUAGUGCUUUUGAUCAAAUUCCGUAUUACCUUAAAAACAAAAUCAACUUAUGUUACAUUCGAAUUUCAGAAAACAACAAAACUAUAUAUGAACUUUUUUUUCGAUAUAGCUUGACUCCUUGUCACAUACUAGUUAGUGAUGUAUUUUUCGAUCAAAUUCGUAGGGGGGAGCCUGUAAUAUAAAGGUUUCAUAUAAUGAAACAAUGAGCUGACAUUGUCCUGUUUAUCUCCUAGAUAUGCAUCACUUUCACGAUCU